AUGAGCGACGAGCUGCCUACCAAGACGAAGAAGACGUUUCGCUUCUCCGUCGCAUCGGAUGUCGAUCUCCUCAAGGAGGUGAUUAACGUGGCCCCGUACGACGCUCCGUUUGGCCAAACAAUAGCACGCUGGGAAGAGGUCACUGAGCACAUGCGCGGAAUUCACGGCGAGCACGUCACGUUUACCGGGUGCCGCAAGCGCUUCGACGACCUCAUGGCGGCCUUCAAGAAAGACGCUCUCAAGGCGAUGCGAGCGUCAGGCACCGCAGCCGAAGUUUGCGAGCGCGACCUGCUACUUGAGGAUAUUUCCGACCUUAUGGACGCCGUGGCAGACAAGAAAAAGGCAGCCAAAGAAGACAAAGGGAAGAAGGUCGACACGAGCGAGAACGACGGGCACCGCAUUCGUGCUGCGGCGCUGCAAGGUCUCAAGCGCAAGACAGCAGGCGGCGAUGACGACCAGGAAUCGGACCAUGAGGACCAUGACGAAACGCCAUCAAAGAGAAGCAAGCGCGCCGCUGCGGCGACGAACGACGUCGCGAGCGUUGUCAAGGACUUUUUGAGCAUGAUCGCAUCGACCAACCAGCUGAAGCACGAGGAAGUGGCCGCCAAGCGAGAGGAAAUUGCCGCCAAGCGAGCGGAAGUUGCCGUGAGGAAGGAAGAGCUCGCGCUCAGGCAUCGCAAGCUUGAGCUGGAGGAGCAGCGGUACCUCCUUGACAAGGCCGAACGCGAGGCUCGAUUCCAGAUGGAGAAAACGGAGCGCGAGGCGCAGCUCCAGUUUAUGCGUAGCACCAUCGAAAUGAUGCGGUCUCUUACCUCAAACAAGUAAUAAAUGUACUCGCAUCCUCCA